GCAGCAAAACUGUUACGCUGACUGUACCAAACCCCAAAACCCUAAAAUACGUUGUUGACUCUCGAUUCAAUUCUUCAAAAUUUAGGGUUUAGUUUUAGUCUGGCGUCUUUUCUCUUUACAGAUUCCUCCACUAAAUCAUCCAAAACCAGCGAUUUUCAGCAAACGACAUGUCUUCGACUGUUAUAGAACCUACAAACCAACAAAAGCACGAUCUUUUGAUCGGCGAAAACUAUAAUCUCACGCUAGCCCGAUCAAUGCAAGACCUUGUAGCUGAGACUCAAAAGGGAACCUCAAAUUUUAGUCCUUUCAUCAACGUAUUCUAUCGAUUAAUGCAAGCAAAGAUUGACCCACCUCUGGAGUCCAUCUGGGUCUACACUAUUUUGACCGUUCGUAGCCGUAAUUUCACAAAUGACGAACCUUUGAAUCGAUUAUCUGUCACAAAAGAGAUGUUUGAAUUGAUAUCAGUUUGCUCCAGUGCUUGUAGUUCUUUGAAAGGUAUCGCAUUGCUAGCUCCGGUUGUUUUUGAGUUGCACAAAGUGGUUGUUGAGUCGAAAAGAAGAGACCUGUCUUCAAAGAGAGAGAAGAAACUGAUUAGAGAGAUCAGGUCAUUGGUUAAUGUGAUUCUUGAGUUUAUAAGUGUGUGCUGUAGCCAGAAUUUGGUAGAGCAAAGUGAUAAUUUAAUUGUGCCAUUUAAAAUUUUGGCAAGUUUGUGGAUGAGCGAAAAUCAGAGUUUAGAGUCUAUUUUACCGCUUGUGAGUGCUGAGAUUUCGAGGGAGGUUAGUGAAGGAGUGUGUGACGUGAAUCACUUGGCUGGGGUGGUUAUUUUUGAGAUGUUUUUGUUAAAAUUGUGCUUGAGUUUUGGGAUGGGGAUUGCGGGAGCACAGUCGGAGGAAGAUUUGAAGAGUUGGGUUGUGGGUUCCAUAACUGGGUUUCAAAAUGCUUACUUCUUUGAGACCCUUGUGAGAAUGCUGUUGGAGCCGACUUUGCCUGUGACUUCUCUAUUGCAGAGUUCUGAAGAUGAAGUAUUGCUAAGGAAAGUUCUGUAUGAUGCUAUUAUAUUAGUGGAGUAUUGUUUCCUCAAUCCUGAGAGAGCAGUGCAUCUUCCAACUGAACAAAUGAAAAGACUUGCCAUGGCAAGAUUGAUUGUUACCCAGGAAGCCAUAGAGUCUUUAAGGGAAAAUGGAGAUCAGAAAAGAGCUAUAUCUUAUGCAAGUGCCUUCUCUAGUUCCAAAUUACCUGCUCAAAUUAUCAAAUGGAUCACAUCACAGAUUGGCAUGGAUGAAAAGCCUAGUAGAUCAUUCGGAUCUUCACCUAAAACUCUAUUAGAGUGGCUGCUGGGUCUUGAUAAUCAAGGGAUAAGAGUAUUUGAUGAUAGAACCUUAAAGACUCGUGCCAAACUAGUUGUUGAUAAUUCCAAACACGACUAUAAGCCUCAGCCAUCAAAGAUGGAAAGGAAACAUGCAGACUCUGAUAUUCUCUUUUACAUUGAUAAUAAGGGUGAAGUGGAAGACGGUGAUGAAGAACAGAAAAAGCUGAACAAAUCCAUGAGUGCAGCAUUUGUAGCUGCUGCUCACUCAAUGAAGAUGACCAAAAAUGGAGUGACAAAACGGAAAGAGAAGGGAAUCACUGGCAAGAUGAAAAAGAUUAAAUAUCUCAAAUUUGACCUCUCGGAGAACUUUGGUUCAACUAUAGAGAGGAACUCAUCUGUCAGCAAUGAAAGCUUGAAUAGUGGUAGUGAAGUGGAUGAACCAAGUUCUGAUGAAGAUAUGGAAACAGAUGAACAAUAAAUUCAUAUUGAUUAAUCAUGACGAUUGCAUUUUCCUUGGCAGCCUGAGAUUUUUGUGACUUUCUCAUGCUGCUAUCUGAUGGAUUUUCCAAGCAAUUUUUGAUGAAUAUGUAAAAGUUGUCUUUUGAGAGAGAAAUGGAAACCCCGAAAGGCCACUAGAGAUGUCAAUGGGAAGCUGAUAAAAUGCUUCAAGUGCAACUUCACAUAGACCAUACUGUGAUAUUUUUGUGUAAUUUAGAGAUAGUACUCAGCUUAAGUUAACUUUCCAAAGCUUCAAAUGGCACAUAAUGCAACCCUGAGGCACUGUUAUAUUUCAUUGUUUGAUGAGUCUUAUGUUAGACUUA